GUACAAGGUGUCCUGCGGAGACGUCACAUGGUCGGAAACGUAUUGGAAGGGGCCGGAUGUGAGGCUGAUAGGGAAGACGUCAGUUGGGACCGAGAGGCUUGGAUGACUGAGAAGUCACAAUGAGUGUAAAGGCAUUUGAACUUGUUCCUGUGCUUGGACAGGAUCUGCUGAUAGGAGACAAAACUUGGAUUUCUGUUGACUGCAUUGAAUGUUGUGGGAAGAACCUUUAUGUAGGAACAAGUGACUGCUGUAUCUAUCACUUUAAAUUGGAAGAGAAAGCAUCCGCCUCCGGGAGACUUGCAUUUACUCCAACAAAACAACUACACAAGUAUCUAGGGGUAAAAAAAGCUGUGAAUGAGCUGAAGGCAGCAUCUGCUUUGAACAGGCUAUUGGUUUUAUGUGACAAUAUUGUCAUUUUAAUGGAUAUGAUCAGCCUAGAGCCUGUACCAUCAGGAGCUAAAAUCAAAGGAAUAACUGCAUUUGUUGUGAAUGAGAACCCAGUGACUGGAGACCCCUUCUGUAUUGAGCUUUGUGCCAUUUCAAUGAAGCGGAAAACUGUACAAAUAUACACAGUACAUGAGGACCGUGUUCAGUUAAUAAAGGAAAUAUCUACACCAGAGCAGCCAGUUGAUAUGGCUGUAGAUGGGUACUUCCUUUGCUUGGCAAUGAGCACACAAUAUAUUAUUUUGAGUUAUAACACUGGAACUUCUCAGGAUCUGUUUCCAUAUAAUAGUGAGGACAAACGACCGAUAGUGAAACGGAUUGGUCGAGAGGAAUUUCUAUUAGCUGGUCCAAGUGCAUUGGGAAUGUUUGUAACAGCUGCAGGAAUCUCCCAGCGUGCACCUGUUCACUGGUCAGAGAAUGUGAUUGGAGCAGCUGUAUGUUUUCCUUAUGUGGUAGCUUUGGAUGAAGAAUUUGUUACAGUACACAGCAUGCUUGACCAACAGCAGAAGCAGACCAUUCCAUUUAGAGAUGGCCAUAUACUACAAGACUUUGAAGGGAAACUGAUUUUAGCUACAAGUAAAGAAGUGUAUUUCUUGGUGCCCUUGCCCUUGGAAAGGCAAAUUCAAGAUCUUCUGACCAGCCAGAGAGUAGAAGAAGCACUGCUCCUAACAAGAGGAGCUCGACGAAACAUUCCAAAAGAGAAGUUCCAGGGUAUGUACAGAAGGAUUCUGCAGCAAGCAGGAUUUAUUCAGUUUGGCCAGCUUCAGUUUUUGGAAGCUAAAGAACUCUUCAGGAACGGCCAGCUUGAUGUUAGAGAGUUGAUGUCUCUCUAUCCAUUACUGCUUCCUUCAACUUCAACAUUUAUACGGUCACAUCCCCCAUUACAUGAAUAUGCUGACUUAAAUCAAUUAAUGCAGGGUGACCAGGAGAAGAUUACAAAGUGCAAGCGCUUCCUUAUGAGCUAUUUGAAUGAGAUUCGCAGCACUGAAGUAGCAAACGGCUAUAAAGAAGAUAUUGACACAGCCUUGCUAAAACUGUAUGCUGAAGCUAAUCAUGACAGCUUGCUGGAUUUGUUGGUUUCAGAAAAUUCAUGUCUCUUAGUGGAUAGUAUACCCUGGCUGGAGAAACACAAAAAGUAUUUUGCACUUGGUCUUCUUUAUCACUAUAAUGGUCAACAUGAAGCAGCACUACAGUUAUGGGUGAAGAUAGUUGAAGGACAGCUCCAGGAUACAACCCGUUCAGAUCUUUUUGAGUAUAUUGUGGAUUUUCUCAGCUUCUGCUCUAACCAUGAACUGGUAUGGAAGUAUGCAGACUGGGCCUUGCAGAAAAAUGAAGAGGUUGGUGUACAAAUUUUCACAAGGCGACCCUUAGAUGAAAACCAGACAAAUAUGAAUCCAGAUGACAUUGUCAACUACCUUCACAAGUAUAAGAAUGCUGUUGUCAUGUACUUGGAACACUUGGUAUUUGAUAGAAAUAUUCAGAAGGAAAAGUACCACACUCAUUUGGCUGUUCUGUACUUGGAUAAAGUCUUAGAACUGCAUCCCCAGUCAGGUAGCAUUUCAGAAGAACUAAUUUCAGCUCGUCGCAGUCUCAAGAACCUGCUUCAACACUCUAAUCUCUAUAGGGUUCAUCUUUUGCUAGGUAAAAUUAAAGAUACUGAUCUCUAUAUGGAAUGUGCAAUAUUACAUGGAAAACUGGAAGAACAUGAGAAAGCUCUUGAAAUACUAGUUCACAAGUUAAAGGAUUUCCAAGCAGCUGAGGACUACUGUUUGUGGAAUUCUGAUGGAAAAGAUUCUACAUGUCGGCAGAGGCUCUUUCACAUGUUGUUAGCACUUUAUCUGCAGCCAGGUGUCACCAGUGAUGCGUUAGCAAUGGCUGGUGUGGACCUUCUAAAUAACUACGCUGUCGAAUUUGAUGCAGUUCGAGUUUUACAGCAGGUCCCUGAUAAUUGGUCAAUUCAACUGCUUUCACCAUUCCUAACCAGGGCAAUAAGAGGGAGCUUUCAUUCGAAGUGCACAGCAGAACUUACAUCAGGCUUGGCAAGAUCUGAAAACUUAAAUUAUAAAUAUGCAAAGGUAAAAUCAAGAGGAAACAUUAUUACACUUUCAGAUAAAAAGGUCUGCCAAAUAUGCCAGGGCUUUUUCACAGAACCAGUCUUUGUGCGAUAUCCAGAUGGUGGUCUUGCUCAUAUCCAGUGUGCUACAAAAUACCAGAGUCUGCCUGCUACUGAUCAGAACUUUGCCAGUCGCAGAAAUCAGUCAUGAAAUAGUGGCCUUGACAUGGUGGGUUCGUCAUUUGAAAGAUUACCUUGUUGAAGAUCACUAUAAGGAAGAGGAGUAUGCUGCUAAUCAAGAAAGAAGAAGAAAAAGAAACCAGUUUGCAUCAUCUAGAACUUUCCAGUAGGUAGCAGUGAUUUACAAAGUAAAUGCAGCCAAGCAUUACCGGAACUUCUAAAAUUCCCCAUUACUAAGGAUGAUGCUAUUAGCUGUAGUUUGCAACAUGCAGAAAACACUGUCCAAAAACCUGGCCCUGCAUAUUGACAAAGACAGUUGUUCUAUACUGGACGAUUUGGGAAUGUUGUCCAGUGAAUGUGCAAGUAUCAUACUUUAUCUCUUGAACAUUUGCCUUCCAUUGUAUAUGUAUAGUCUGUUCCUGCUGCUCUGAGAAGAACUCAGAGUCUUGGAUCAUCUGAGCAUCUGUAAUAGACUUUGGUCCGAUAAUUCUGAAUAACUUUUAGGUAUGAGCAAUGGAUUUGUCUCUCACUUGGGCCAGUAUGUGUAUAUUUCAAAAUCUGACAGUUCGUUUACAUGCUAAUGGAUGAUGUCCUAUGUGUAUCUAUGACUUGGACCUAACCAGCUGUUUUACGUAAUGAAUUUAUAAGCAUUAUACUUUCCUUCAGAUUUAAGAGAUGGAUAUGACUUUUCCACCAGUGAUAAUGGAUUACAGGCUGUCAGUGAAUGCUGGUGAGGGAAGGGGAACAGAAAGGAUCCAAGAGAGCAAAUUAAUGUCUGAUCUCUGAUAUGCCAAGUUUGUGAAUCUGUAUAUUCAUGACGUAUGCAUGAAAUUUCCACAAAAUUUUAAAGGGAAAGAAUUGGGAGGUUAGACGAAGAAGCUGAUUGGAUAGAUUUUAGUUUCAGUAAUUCUAUUGAAUUUGGCAAGAAUGUUUUGGCUACUUUAAGAAUACUGGUUUAUCUAAACGAUUUUGAAACAUAAAAGCAAUUUUCAUGAAGCAAAAUGUUUGACUUUCAA